CUCCCUUGAAUGCACCAUCUGAAAGGCGACUCGUAGAUAUGGCUUGUUAGCCAGGUGCCCAGGAGGACUGCCGAGCUGCCAGCUGCCUAUCGUUCCACCUCGACUAAGCAACUAACCCAAGUUUGACAAAGCGGACGGCUUGUUGACCGCUAGACGCAAAUUCUUUCAUUCUUUCCCAAAGCCUGCGUCAACUGUCACUUCAGUUUCCCCAGUCAUAUACAUUUAAUCAGAUGCAAAUAUGCGGCUGAAUUUCAGUCAACCCCCUACACCGGCGCUCAGCCGUCAAAACACCACCUUUCUCGCCAAUGCCAAUCAUUAUCGCUCAGGGACGCACCCGCAUCUGCUGACAAGUCGAAGCAAGCCUCGAAGAUGGCCCUUGGUUUUCCGAUUCAUCAAAGGCGCUAUCCAUGCGGCCAUACUGCUGCCCGUCUUCCUACACGCCGCGUUCACGGCUUUUGUUGUCUGGCUUGACCAAUACGUCUUUGAUACUGUUGGACUGCCAAGCAGUAUUAUCCCAUCCUUGUCUAUAGUCGUGGGUUUGAUGCUCGUUUUCCGAAACCAGACUUCUUACAACAGGUUCUGGGAUGGACGUAACGGAAUGAACACGAUCUACACGUGCAUCCGCAAUCUCGUUAGGACUAUCGUCACGAAUGGUUACAGCACCGCCGGUCCUCCCACUGCUGCAGAAAAGGAGGAUAUCGAGCGGACGAUACGAAUCCUCUUGGCGAUUCCCUUCGCAGUCAAGAAUCACCUCCGCGCUGAAUGGGGAGCAGCUUGGGCGUUGGGGAGUGAUGUAGCCGAGAACGGUGUCGCGGCAUUCAAUCCAGAUUAUGCAAGUCUACUUCCAACUGGACUGGUGGGCCACGAGGAUGAGGGGUUGGGACUACCAUACCAACUGACGUUCUUCGUGGAUGGGUUCAUCAAGAGAGGCGUGGAACGCGGCUGGUUCAACGCUCCUGGGGCAAGCCAAAUGCAGGCCCAAUUGAACACUUUGACGGAUGCCUAUGGAAGGAUGGAGACGAUCAAGCUGACCCCUAUGCCGGUUGCGCAUCUAAUCCACCAAAAGCAAGUCCUUGCCCUCUUUGGCUGCGUCUUACCCUUCGGCAUGGUCGACGACAUGGGAUGGUGGACCGUUCCUAUGGUCAGUCUAGUCAUUUUCACCCUGUACGGCAUCGAAGGCAUCGGUUCCCAACUGGAAGACCCCUUCGGAUACGACCGCAAUGACAUCAAAAUGGACGCCAUCGUUGGCGACGCCAAGACCGAAAUUGAAGUUGUACUCGCCGAAUGGCGAAGACUGAUGACAUCGCUCGAGUCGGGCCUGGGAACGGACCACGGCGAUCAGAACCUCGGCAACGGUUUGAUUUCCACCGGCGUCGAGGAAGUCAAGGAGAGCAAAUUCAUACAGCCCGACAUGUUCCUGAAGAAUCGGGCGAGGCGAUAAGUAGCUAUUUUUGCUUAUUUUGUCGCAGAAACUGGCCAUGGUGGAGACCCAUCAGCGUGAAGAGGUGGAGAUCUGGCAGAUCUCGCGUCGCUAACAGGAACUAUGGCAUUAGGACAUCUCGGUUACAAGAGAUCGACGCGCCAUGAGCCUGUCAAGCACUCUGGCGAUUAUCUAGGGAUCUUUUUCCUCAUGGUGAUCGUCAGGGGAUAUCUCCAUU